AUGCCAGUAACAGCCGCCGACGUCUUCUCCGUCCCAAUCUUCUUCAUCGUCCUCCGCGAAACAAUCGAGGCCGCAAUCAUCGUCUCCGUCCUCCUCGCCUUCGUCACACAAACUCUCCACCCCGACCACACCUCCUCUGGUCAUGACAUCCUCAUGUACAAAAAGCUACGCAACCAAAUCUGGACCGGAGCGGGAUGCGGGUUCGCGCUCUGUCUCUGCAUCGGCGGCGCAUUCAUCGGGGUUUGGUAUGGCCUCGGUCACGAUAUCUGGGGUUCUGCGGAAGAUUUGUGGGAGGGGGUGUUUGCGCUCAUUGCGUCGAUGAUGAUUACGGUUAUGGGACUUGCCAUGCUCAGGAUUUCGAAAUUGCAGGGCAAAUGGAAAGUGAAACUCGACCGUGCGUUGGAGGGACACGACAUCACCGAUGCCAAUGGUCACAGUCACACCCCCAAACACCGCCUCGGGAAACGCUUUGGCCGGUGGUCGCGGAAGUACGCUCUCUUUAUUCUGCCCUUCAUCACUGUCCUCCGCGAAGGCCUCGAAGCUGUGGUUUUCGUCGGCGGGGUAGCGGUAUCUUACCCAGCCUCCGCAUUCCCCCUCGCCGUAGCAUGUGGCCUCAUAGCCGGGCUUUGCAUCGGAUACGCCCUCUACCGUGGUGGCAACAUGUUUAAACUGCAUUAUUUCUUGGUGGGGAGCACGUGUGUGUUGUACCUCGUCUCUGCUGGGCUCUUUUCGAGAGCAGUAGGGUUUUUCGAGAAUUAUCGGUGGGGGUUGUUGGUUGGGGGUGACGUCUCGGAACUUGGGGAUGGGCCUGGCACGUAUGAUAUUAGACAGAGUGUGUGGCAUGUUAAUUGUUGUUCACCGGAGACCGGGAAUGGGGGGUGGCAAGUGUUUAAUGCGAUAUUGGGGUGGAAUAAUACGGCGACGAAGGGGACUGUGGCGGCGUAUUGUUGUUAUUGGAUCCUUGUGAUGGGGUCCAUCGCGCUGAUGAGGUGGAAGGAGCAGAGGGGGAAGGUUGGGAAGGAGAUGAGUUUGUGGAGGAUUGUGUGUGGGAAGCAGAGGAGGGGGCUGGGGGUGGAGAAGAAGGGGGUGGGCGCAGUGAGGAGGGUUGGGAGUGGGAGUACGGUUGGUGAGGGGGAGAAGAGGAAUAGUACCCAGAGGGUGAGGGAGGUGGAUGAGAUUAGGGAGGUGGUGUAG